AUGGCUGCCAAAACCGCAACGAAGAAGGCUGCGCCCAAGCCGAGCACGAAAGCUCCCCCACCGAAGAAAACCAGCGUUCAGACCACUUUGACGCCAGCCGACUUUGCUAAGAAGUCGCCUGCUGGCAAUGGCAAGAAGCAGAAGCCGGCUGGCACACCGAACGGCAACAUCAUGGCGUUCUUCAAGAAAGCCGAGGAGAUCAACAGCCGUAUAUUCCUACAGGAACGAGGGUCAAAUCCAACGAUAGUGCUUGACGGCGACGAGGACGACGUGGGUUGGAGUGACGAGAAGAGCAAUGGCGUCAUGACUACAGACAACAGCGAUGAGCGGUACAACGAGAAUGGUGGGAGCAACAAGAGGCGCAAAGUCAGCGAGGAGGCGGUAGCGCCCGUGCCGGCCUGUUCACCACCCCCGCCGGCUGAUGUUGAGAGCAACGCUCUGGAUGCAUUGGCAGCCGACGUUUCUAAGGAAGCGCCCAAACUGCGGAAGAAGUCUGGACCCUUCGUGGACGACUCAGACUCCGAAGACGACGAAGUGGAAAUGCCUGCUACAACUCCAGGUAUGACCAUACGAAGCCAUAAUGAGGAAUCGCCAAUGACUAAACCAACGGAGGACCUGUUACCCCCGGAUAGUGCCGAACACUCCAAAUCCCACGAUACCACACCCAUAAAGUCCGAAUCGACAUCUCAACAUGGGGGCGAAGAGUUGGAGGAAUACGAAGAUCUGGAAGACGACGAUCUGCUCGAAGGCGAAGAAUACGAUGAAAGGCGAUGGAUGAAGGAACAACAGAAGCUCGAGAUGGAAGAGGCAGGCUUUGAGGGCGACCCGGACGAUUUCGACGCGCCACCUCUCUUCCCCGAAAGCGAUGAUACCGAAGUCAAACACGAAGAGCCACGUACCAAUGACAUACCUUCCUGUCCGAUAUGCGGCAACAAUCUCCCAGGCCUGUCAGAACAAGACGUAUCCGUACACGUCAAUGCGUGCCUAGACGGCAAUCCACUCCCCUUACCUGUAGUGAAGUCUGAGGAGGAGAGCAAGCCGACCAUGACGAGUAAAGCGAAAGUUUUCAAAAAGCCGGACAGGCCAGCCAAACCUGGCCAAGCCAAUCCGUUCCAGCUUGCGAAGCCCAGCGCUCAGCCAAGUUCAGCCUUUUCGAAGCUUAUGGCCGGCCAUGCUGAAGAUGCUGCGUGGGCAUCUGCUGCAGCCGAGAACAACAAGUCUCGCGGCAAGCCUGCAUACCAACGCACCUGCCCAUUCUACAAAAUAAUGCCAGGCUUGUUCAUCGCUGUAGAUGCGUUUCGAUAUGGAGCUGUCAAAGGUCAGAAUGCCUACUUCCUGAGUCAUUUCCAUAGCGAUCAUUACAUCGGGCUUACUUCCUCAUGGAAGCAUGGACCGAUAUACUGUAGCAAAGUCACUGGCAACUUGGUACGCCAACAGCUUCGUGUGGACCCCAAGUGGGUGGUCGAUCUGGAUUUUGAGAAAAAGACAGAAGUACCAGGAACGGAAGGCGUCCACGUCACAAUGAUCUCUGCGAAUCAUUGCCCUGGCAGCUCUCUGUUCCUGUUCGAAAAGGCACUUAGCAAGGGCAAUAACCCGAAGCUGCAACGAGUGCUACACUGUGGAGAUUUCCGUGCGUGUCAAGCGCACAUCGAACACCCGCUAUUACGCCCAGACGUCCUAGAUGCUGUGAGUGGAAAGAAUCGGCAGCAAAAGCUAGACGCUUGCUACCUUGACACCACCUACCUGAACCCCAAAUACGCUUUUCCGCCUCAGAAGCAGGUCAUCCAAGCUUGCGCGGACAUGUGCGUAAGUCUCAGCAAAGUCCGCGCGGACGACUCCGAUGGAUGGGAGCAGAUGAAGCGAGACCGCGCAGGCCAAGGCAUGGUCAAGUUCGUUCGGAAAGACUCUAAUACCGACGCUACGGGCGAGCCCAAAAGCCCUGCACGAGGGCGACUUCUGGUUGUGGUAGGCACAUACAGCAUUGGGAAGGAGCGCAUUUGCACUGGAAUUGCGAAGGCCUUGGGAAGCAAGAUCUUCGCGCCUGCCAACAAACAGCGCAUCUGCAAAGCGCUUGAGGACCCUGAACUGGAUGCACUACUUACGACAGAUCCUCGGGCAGCUCAAGUACACAUGACGCCGUUGUUUGAGAUCCGCGCGGAGACAUUGGACGACUACCUGCGCGAUUAUGCCGACACUUUUACGCGCGUUGUCGGCUUUAGACCCUCGGGCUGGAACUAUCGUCCACCAAAAGGUCGCUUUACCGAGUCACCCCAAGUACAGACCGUCUUGCAUUCCGAUAAUUGGAGAAGUACCUUCUCGAUGAAAGAACUGACGCCGCAAGCCGGGAGUGGAAGUCGGGCAAGCUGCUUCGGUGUGCCGUACAGUGAGCAUAGCAGCUUCAGAGAGCUUACUAUGUUUUGCUGCGCUUUGCGCAUCGACAAGAUCAUCCCGACAGUCAACGUGGGCAGCGCAAAGAGCAGAGAGAAGAUGAAGGCCUGGUGCGACAGAUGGGCGGCGGACAAGAAAAAGAACGGGCUGUUUAAACUGGGUGAAGAUGGAGAGGUCUAUGAUUUGCGUCUACUCGACACACUCAUCUACGAUAUACCCAAGUUCGCUUUCGCCAUGUCGUCAAUCAUCCGCCUCCUCGUCAUUUCCGAUACUCACUCUACUUGGCCCUACACCCCAGACUGCCCUGCACCUCCAUGCGACAUCCUCAUCCACUGUGGCGAUCUCACACAAGUCGGCGGUCUUCCCGCAUACAAAAAGGCUAUGCAAGACAUUCAGACCGUCGACGCAGAGCUGAAACUCGUCAUCGCCGGCAACCAUGACCUCGAUCUCGAUGAAGAGUGGGUGCGCAAGAACGCUGAAGAUGGAGAAGAGGAAGAAGAUAUAGAGGACAGUAGGAAAUGUGUCAGUAUCAUGAAGGCGCACGAGAAAGAGGGUGUAUACUACCUGGAAGAGGGCAGACACGAGUUCAAGCUGAAGGAUGGGAGAAGCUUCAGUGUCUGGGCGAGUCCGUAUACGCCGGAGUUCAACGGGUAUGCAUUUGCGUACGGAAAAGACGAAGAUCGAUUCAGCAACAUACCCGAGGACAUCGACAUCUUGAUGACACAUGGACCGCCUUCAUUCACUGACGAACUCGGCUACGGUCUCGAUGUCAAUGUGAAAGGAGAGAGUUGCGGAUGCAAAAUGCUAGGCGAUGCAGUAAAGAGAGUGAAACCAAGAUUGCACUGUUUUGGGCAUGUGCACGAAGGGAGAGGUGCUGUGGAGAUGCAGUGGUCUGGGGCGAGAGGUGGGAACGAAAGAGUGAAGGUACUGCCAGAUGACGGGAAAGUCCUUAGCAUCAAUAAGAAACAAGGAGGGACGAGUUCCGUGCUAGUGAACGCGGCGGUAUGGGGUGAAACAAAAGGCUGGACUAUCGACCUCGACAUAUAA